GCGUAGGAGGCCCAGGAAGGCCAGAAGCGCCCAACGAAAAGCAGAUCCUCCUCGAUCCUCGGUACUCGAUCCUCGAUCCUCGGUCGGGCAUGCAUGGCCCGGGGUCGCCUCGCUCCGCCGCCGACGUCUGCAUCAUCGGCGCCGGGCUCGCGGGCACGAGCGCGGCCGCCGCCCUGGCCAGGGCCGGCGUCCCCUGCGUGCUGCUGGAGGCGUCCGGGCGCGUGGGCGGCCGCCUGCGGCAGGGCGAGUUCGCAGGCCACGCGGUGGAGGAGGGCGCCAACUGGGUGCAGGGGCUCGAGGGCAACCCAGUCUGGGACCGCGCGAGGGCGCUGGGCCUGGCGGGGCGGGCGGACUUCCGGGCGAGCCUCGCCGUGCGGGCGGGCGGCGAGGACCUCACGGCCGCGUUCCGGGGCCGGCGGGAGGCCUUCGCGAGCGCCCUGGAGGCCGUGGAGGAGGCGCCCCGUCCGCCAGCCGGGGCCGACCGCGACCUGGCCGCCGCGCUGCUCGAGGCAGGGUGGUGCGCGGAGGGGCCCGUGGACGACGCCGUGGAGUUUUUCCAGGUGGACUUCGAGUACGGAGAGGAGCCGUGCCUGGCCUCGGUGCACCACAACGUCCACGAAGAGUUCACGGCGGCGGACUUCGGGGAGGGCAGCUUCUUCGUCAACGACACGCGCGGGUUCGCCGCCAUCUGCCCCGAGCUGGGUCCGGGCGUGGAGUGCCACUUCGGAUGCGAGGUGGUGAAGGUCAGCCGCAGAGCUCGCGACCCUAGCACAACCGAGGUGGUCUGCCGCAAUGGGCGGUCGUUCUGUGCCAGGGUUGUCAUAUGCACAGCCAGCGUGGGCGUGCUCAACGCUGGCAGCAUUGAGUUCGACCCCCCCAUCGGCGAGAGGAAGAAGGAGGCCAUCGCCAGCAUCCGCAUGUGCAGCUAUACCCGAAGAGCACAAACAACUGCGCAGACACCAUUUUUUCGGAGGUCUUCGUCGAGCUGGAGAGGCCCUUCUGGGGAGAGGACUGAGGAGGACUACUCGAUCUGGGCCGGGCCGCGCAGGGGGCACUUCGCGGUGUGGCAGCCGCUGCGGGGCCCCCCUGGAGCAGCAGCGGAGCGCCACGUCGCCAUUGUCACCGCGACCGGAUGGCGCGGAGGGGCGGUGUCCAGGGCCGCCGGCUCGAGGAACUCGCCGAGGCGGAGGUGCUGGCCGAGGCCGCGGCGGCGCUGCGGGGCAUGUGCGGGGACGGGGCGCCCCGCCCGCUGGCGGCGCGGGUGUGCCGGUGGAGCUCGGACCCGCUCCGGUCUUCCGCGGCGCGUACUCGUUCCUGCCGGCCGGCGCCCUGCUGGGGGGCCCAGGAGUGGGCUUUGAGGAGACCUCCUGCGCCCCGAGGGGGCGGUGCUCUUCGCCGGGGAGGCCUUCCACGAGCGCUAUUCGGGCUACGCGCAUGGCGCCUUGGCCUCGGGGCUCCGUGCGGCCUCCGCGGCGGCCGCCCUGCUCGGCGCCGGCGCCAGCCCGCCCUCGUGAGCGGCGCCCCCUCGGCGGCGUGAGCGGGCGCCCCCGCCGCGAGGCGCAG